UUUGAAAUUCUUUAUAACGAAUGUGUGUGUUUUACCACCAACAAGUAAAUUUACGGUUCUUGUUACGACGUUUUAGGAGGACACGAGUAAGUCUAGGUGGCGUUUAACGCACACGGAGCAGAGAAAAUAACGGCAUGAUGCCUUCCUCCAGUUCCUCCCUGCGACGAGGGUCACUAUAUGGCUAGUAACAUCUGUGUAAUUAACCCGCAUGUCACUUCCAAUGAGCGGAACGCUCCACUAAUGUAAACAAAAUGGUUUAAAACCAUUUGAGGGUCCGACGAAAACACGCCCGUCGCCGUCCCACCAGGGUGCCGUUCAUCCGUCACCAUGUGGAAGUGCCACAAAUGCGGGAAACCCGUUUACUUCGCUGAACGCAAACAGUCUCUGGGGUAUGACUGGCAUCCGGAAUGCUUACGGUGCGAGGAAUGUGGGAAGCGAUUGAAUCCUGGGCAACAUGCAGAGCAUAAAGGCGUGCCUUAUUGCCACGUUCCUUGUUAUGGAGCUCUAUUUGGACCUCAACUAUUCGGCCAUGGCACAAGAGUGGAAUCACAUACAAGCUUUGGAAAAAAAGAAAGUCGACCAUCUUUGCCCAGAUCGCAUUUAGAAUCCAAACUGAAAGUUUUUAAUCAGUAUUACGAAGGCAAAAGUGGAGGAAUUCGAAGUCGUGAGGUUAACGGAAGAUUGAUACUAGAAGGGGCGUUGAGAAUUUAUUGGGGAGUCCGUGGUGUGAUUCAUCUGAAGGAAGAUGACGAUCAGCGCACAGUAGUUACUGCACGAAACAGAAAUUCGUGCAGGCACAGUGUUUCUGAGGACGUCGAGGAUGAAGAUAAGGUAGAUGAGCUGUCUAAGAGCACGUCAGACAGCAACACGGAGAACAAUGCGAAGUCUGUUCCAACAUCGCCCGAUCACUUGAAAAGCCUCACUCUGCCUAUGAAACUGGAAGUCAAAAAUAUGGAAUGGGAUGAGCUAGACGAGCUCCUACAGGUUGAACGAAAGGUCGAGGAUGGUAACAAAUUGUAUCAGACGAUGCCUGAGAAUCUUCCGUCAAUAAGUUCGCAAUCUAGCGCGGAUACGCCACCGCUCUCGUCUCAGUCGAGUCUCGAUCGAUCGGACUCCCGCGAGAACUCGGAAACGAGCAGUCCCAAUCACCAGACUACUAGCCGAGACAACGAUAGUAGUCUAAAUAGCACGCCAACGCACAGCAUAGGUAGUUCUUCCAGUACAGACACCCCUGUCUGUAAUUUAGGAGCUUCUAAUCGAAACGGUACGCUUCGAAGAGUAGAGUACUUCGACAAUUUGGAGAAGAGUACCGGCAGUAAAUCGAUUAGCACCGACGACAGCUGGAUCGAAAAGGGUUUGAAUCGAUCAUUGUCCGGUCCUGACUGCCUUCAGAGACACAGAACUGAUAGCGAUACGGAUUCGGUGAAUUCUUUGCAAUUCAGAGAAGACGACAAUAUGACUAUGUCUACAGACAGCGGAUUAGAGCUGGAUGGUGUCGUUUUGCGUCGCAAACAAGGCUCCACUGCGAUCAGACGACGUCCGGGCGGUAGACGACAAUCGCGCAGUCGAUUACGACGUCGUUGCUCGAUCAACGGCCACUUUUACAAUCGAGAGACCAGUUUCUUCACACCGCCUCACGGUUCGCAGAUGUCCGUUUGGGUGACGAGUCUAGUGAACACGCAGGAAGUUAUCAAUCUUAUGCUCGACAAGUACAAAGUCGAUGCUAAGUCCGAUAACUUUGCAUUAUUUGUAGUUCGCGACAAUGGUGAACAAAGAAGAUUGAAGGAUGAUGAGUAUCCUUUGGAAGUCCGAGUAGUCUUGGGUCCGCAUGAGAACGUUGCACGGCUGUUUCUGGUCGAUAAGUUGUCCACGCCUGAGAUCAGCUCCGAUGUCGCGCAGUUUCUCAAUCUAUCUCUAGCAGAAUGCCAUGGCAUAUUACAACGUUAUCACUACGAAGAGGAACGUCAAAUUCUCCUCUUAAAAGAGAAAUACAAAGAGAUGCGAAAAAGAAUAAAGCAAAGAAUGGAGGAGCUAAAAGUUCGGUUAUAGGUAGAAUGAUGAAUGAAUGUCCGCGCAUGGAUAUCCACGCAAUUAUUUUUAUAAGCGCUUAAAACAAUUUCUUUAUAAAAAGAAAUAUUCAUGUGGCAGGAAUUUAUAACUCAUACUAUACCGAAUAAGUAUGUAUUGCAGUAGCAUGACACAAUUCACAUGAAGCAUUUUUGAAAUAUCGCACAAUAUGUGCCUGCAUUUCAGUUUUGUUUGUAGCUUAACACUUCGUUAUUACGUCCUCUUUCGUUUUGAAUUUCUGUUGCAUUUAUCUAUAAUCGUUACAUAUGGAAAUGCUAUUAAUUAAAGUAUACUUUAAUAUGGACAAGGAGAUCGAAUCUCCGGUGAUUUCAUAUCAAAUUUUCGCGUUUAUCGGAGGUAACAUUAUGUGAUAGAACGUAAUAUGUGAAAUAUAUUAUUCUUAUAUCUUGUUAUACAAUUUUUUGAGUAAUUAAAAUUAACGGAAAAUAUAGGAAUAUUUUCAAUUUAUUUUGUAUUGUAGGCAAGGCGAUUAAGGAUUCAAACAAUAUUGAUAUAAAUUGCUAUUGCUGCAAUAGUUAUUGCUUAAAAAGUUAAUAUUUAAUUAAUUUGAUAAGCAAUUACUAUUAAUUGCUUAUAAAACAAACUAAUUAUAUUGAUGAAGAAUCGAGAAAAGUUAUAUUCGAUGUUUCUCUGCAUGAUUGUUAUUUAUAAUCACGUGAAAUUCUACUGUCACGAUGGAUGGAACAUUGUGUUUUAUCGCAAUUUUUCAGCAUUCCAACAUCUUGAUGAACUGAUAAAACAUAAUAAAAGCGUAUUUUUCUAUCGGUUUUUAAAGGAGAAAACGAGAAGUCACUUUUCGAAUAGAUGUCGAUAAUAACUGUUAAGAAUUUAAAGUCUUCUAUCCUUUGCAUGUCAACGUGGCCCAGGUAUAAGUGGAUACAAAUAUUACGUAUUCAACCGUACCCGAUUGCUUGUCAGAUAUACUCUGAUAUCGCAAUCCGACUAUUGUUACACGAAACAAAUUGCAGGGCGCAAAACAAAAUGCAGCACGCAGCAAUUAAUCGUCAGAAUAUUGUAACCGCGCCGCGAAUCUAUGGAAUCGCCGUUUCAAGCUAGUCAUGUUUCACGCUUAGUCACUGAUAUCGAUUGCAUCCAUCCUAUUUUCACCUAAAGGCCAAAAGCGACAUAUACUGAGCCACGUUUACGUACAUUACAAAAUACAUUGUAUAUGCUCUUGAUCUGCCAGUUUAGAAUAAUAAAUAACGAGUACGUCAUGAGAUGCGUAAUGAAGAUAUAUAUAUAAUUUAGUAUAUCUAUAUAGAUAGAAUUGUAUUAAAGGAUUAUAUAACCUCCUAGAUUGUAGACGACUUUUAUUAGCAGUAAAAAAUGUAAUCCUUAUUAUAUAUCAAUUAACAGAUCGCAUUAUUGUGACGCUAGAGUAAGUUCAUCGAUUCGCGCCGAUUAACCGUUUUCUACUGCUGAUAGAUGAGUAAAUAUAUACACAGGUGUAUAUAUUUUUUCCGAUUAUAUGUCGAUUAGCCAGAUAAAAAUACUCCAAAAUAUAACCAUGACGUAUUGAGUGUGUUUUGCAUUAGAACGGAACAAACUAUGAAACUGUAAGUAAAUAUCUGAAUAUGAAACAUUAUAUAAAAAGAAACCCGAUUGGAUCGAUAUGGAUUUUAUGUAAACGUCGUUGACAGAAUAAUAAAGUGAUAUGGUUGCUUCUUUUA